AAAAAAAAAAGGCAGCUGAGGAGGAAUCAGAACUAGCUUAGCGGCGUUUGAGACUACGUAACAACUCUAAUAAAAACAAAAUGCUGCUUCGGAAGGUGAGCCAGUCUUCCGCGCUGUGCGCCUCCAUUCUCAGGACUCCUCUGGUCCUCUCAGGGAGUCAGCGUCAGGCCGGGGUUGUGCUUUCUGUAACAAAUGCUCGUCUUUACGCCGGUCAAGCUGCUUCGGCUGUGUUGGAGAAGCCAGCAGCGGUCGGGAGCGACACUGCAGCUAAAGUGGAAAAGAAAUCAGUUGCUGCUGAAUCCAAGUCAUUUGCUGUCAACAUGUUCAAGGGACAGAUUACAACAGCUCAAGUGUUUCCCUUUCCUAAAGCCCUCAAUGAGGAGCAGGAGCAGUUCCUCCGGGAGCUCGUGGGGCCAGUCAGCAAGUUCUUUCAGGAAGUGAACGAUCCUGCCAAGAACGACUCCCUGGAGAAGGUGGAGGAUCACACCAUGGAGGGCCUGAAGGAGAUGGGGGCCUUCGGGCUGCAGGUCCCAGCUGACCUCGGCGGUCUCGGCCUCUCGAACACUCAGUACGCUCGCCUGGUGGAGAUCGUCGGCGGUGAGGAUCUGGGCGUCGGCAUCACGCUCGGCGCUCACCAGUCCAUCGGGUUCAAGGGGAUUUUGCUUUUUGGAAACAAAGCACAGAAGGAGAAGUACCUGCCCAAACUGGCCUCAGGGGAACACAUCGCUGCCUUCUGCCUGACUGAACCAGCCAGUGGUUCUGACGCYGCUUCAAUCAGAACCACGGCGGUCCCCUCGCCCUGCGGGAAGUACUACACCAUGAACGGCAGCAAGAUCUGGAUCAGCAAUGGAGGCUUGGCUGAAAUCUUCACAGUUUUUGCCAAAACUCCUGUGAAGGAUCCAAGAACCGGGGAGACCACAGAGAAGAUAACUGCUUUCAUCGUGGAGAGGAGCUUUGGAGGAGUGACAAACGGCCCCCCAGAGAAGAAAAUGGGCAUCAAGGCGUCCAACACGGCCGAGGUUUACUUCGACAACGUGCGCGUGCCGGCCGACUGYGUUCUGGGUGAGGUGGGCGGCGGCUUCAAGGUAGCCAUGAACAUCCUGAACAACGGGCGCUUCGGCAUGGCGGCCGCCCUCUCCGGCACCAUGAAGAGCGUCAUGGCCAAAGCUGUGGAUCAUGCAGCCAACAGAACCCAGUUUGGAAACAAGAUCCACACGUACGGCGCCAUCCAGGAGAAGAUCGCCCGCAUGGCCAUGCUGCAGUACGUCACCGAGUCGAUGGCCUACAUGGUCAGUGGAAACAUGGACAGUGGAGCCACUGAAUUUCAAAUAGAAGCAGCAAUCAGCAAGAUCUUCGCCUCAGAAGCAGCGUGGACUGUUACAGAUGARAGCAUUCAGAUAAUGGGCGGGAUGGGUUUCAUGAAGGACCCGGGGGUGGAGCGGGUGAUGAGAGAUCUGAGAAUUUUCAGAAUCUUCGAGGGAACCAACGACAUCCUGAGGUUGUUUGUGGCUCUGAAUGGCUUCCAGAAUGCUGGUAACCAUCUGAAGAGCUUACAGAAGGCCCUGAAGAACCCGAUCGGUAACGCCGGGCUGCUCGCAGGAGAGAUAACCAAGAGAGCCAAAAGAAAGGCAGGUCUGAGCACGGGGCUGACCCUGCAGGGAAGCAUCCACCCUGAGCUGACACAGAGCGGCGACCUGACAGUUAAAGCCAUCGAGCAGUUUGGGGCGGUCAUCGAGGAGCUGUUGAUCAAACACGGCAAGAAGAUCAUCGAUGAGCAGUUCGUCUUGAAGCGAGUGGCAGAUUGUGCCAUCGACCUCUAYGCCAUGGUGGUGGUCCUGUCCAGGGCUUCACGCUCUCUGAGUCAGGCUCACCCUUCAGCRCAGCAUGAGAAGUUGCUGUGUGACACCUGGUGUGUGGAGGCCCACGACAGGGUGAUGAGGGACAUUAAGCUCCUGCGCUCCAGUCAGUCCAAAAAACUCUUCGGCGACAUGGCGGCCAUCUCUGCCGCUGUGGUGGAGAACGGAGGUGUGGUCUCUCCUCACCCGCUGGGAUUCUAACCCACCACUCUCCACUCCGUGUCRUCAUGUCUGGAUUUAGUUUCCACUCUUCUGGAUCUGUUUUUGAGUUUGUGUCAUGUACGCCAUGUUUCAGUCACACGAGUGUCUUUUCGUCAGGAAUGURCGUUCAGUAAAAGCAGCUACAAUGCAAGGCUUAAAGUGCCUGUGACAUCAAAUUUUUGUAAUAAAGAUAAAC